CAGGCGAGGAGCUGACAGGAAUCGGCGUGGGUCCCGCUCUGGACUACAUUUCCCAGAGGGCCUGGUGGCCUGCCACUUUUCUCGCAGGAAUUCGAACGUUUCGUCACUCCUGGCGGGACCCUUAGAUCUGGGAGGAAACCUCUCUGAGGUCUGGUCAGAUUCCAACCCUGGACAGCAGUGAACACAACCUUUCCCCUGAGCCACUGGAAUUGGACAGAAUGCCCCAUUCUCCUCUGAUCUCCAUUCCUCAUGUGUGGUGUCACCCAGAAGAGGAGGAAAGAAUGCAUGAUGAACUUCUACAAGCAGUAUCCAAGGGGCCGGUGAUGUUCAGGGAUGUUUCCAUAGACUUCUCUCAAGAGGAAUGGGAAUGCCUGGACGCUGGUCAGAUGAAUUUAUACAAAGAAGUGAUGUUGGAGAAUUUCAGCAACCUGGUUUCAGUGGGACUUUCCAAUUCUAAGCCAGCUGUGAUCUCCUUAUUGGAACAAGGAAAAGAGCCCUGGAUGGUUGAUAGAGAGCUGACUAGAGGCCUGUGUUCAGAUCUGGAAUCAAUGUGUGAGACCAAAAUAUUAUCUCUAAAGAAGAGACAUUUCAGUCAAGUAAUACUUAGCCGUGAAGACAUGUCUACUUUUAUUCAGCCCACAUUUCUUAUUCCACCUCAAAAAACUAUGAGUGAAAAGAAACCAUGGGAAUGUAAGAUAUGUGGAAAGACCUUUAAUCAAAACUCACAAUUUAUCCAACAUCAGAGAAUUCAUUUUGGUGAAAAACACUAUGAAUCUAAGGAGUAUGGGAAGUCCUUUAGUCGUGGCUCACUCGUUACUCGACAUCAGAGGAUUCACACUGGUAAAAAACCCUAUGAAUGUAAGGAAUGUGGCAAGGCUUUUAGUUGUAGUUCAUAUUUUUCUCAACAUCAGAGGAUUCACACUGGUGAGAAACCCUAUGAAUGUAAGGAAUGUGGAAAAGCCUUUAAAUAUUGCUCAAACCGUAAUGAUCAUCAGAGAAUUCACACUGGUGAGAAACCCUAUGAAUGUAAAGUAUGUGGAAAAGCCUUUACUAAAAGUUCACAACUUUUUCUACAUCUGAGAAUUCAUACUGGUGAGAAACCUUAUGAAUGUAAAGAAUGUGGGAAAGCCUUUACUCAACACUCAAGGCUUAUUCAGCAUCAGAGAAUGCAUACUGGUGAGAAACCUUAUGAAUGUAAGCAGUGUGGGAAGGCCUUUAAUAGUGCCUCAACACUUACUAACCAUCACAGAAUUCAUGCUGGUGAGAAGCUCUAUGAAUGUGAAGAAUGUAGAAAGGCCUUUAUUCAGAGCUCAGAACUUAUUCAACAUCAGAGAAUCCAUACAGAUGAAAAACCAUAUGAAUGUAAUGAAUGUGGGAAGGCCUUCAAUAAAGGCUCAAAUCUUACUCGACAUCAGAGAAUUCACACUGGUGAGAAACCCUAUGACUGUAAGGAAUGUGGAAAGGCUUUUGGUAGUCGCUCUGACCUCAUUCGCCAUGAGGGAAUUCAUACUGGUUGAAUGACAGUAAAGUAAGACCAUUUUGUUAACCUUUAUAAUAAUUUUUUUAAAACAGGUAAUGAGAACAAAUUAGGAUACACAUUAUCAAAGAUUCUCCUAUGUAUUCGUUUUUAAACGAUACGAUAACAAAGUACCAAGUACCAAAACCUUGGUGGCUUAAAACAAGAGAAAUUUAUUCUCUCACAGUUUAGAGCCUGGAAAUCUAAACUCAAGGGUGCUGAUAGUUUUGGUUCCUUCUGAGGACUCUGAGGAUCUGUUCUAUGCCUUUUUCCUAACCUCUGUUAACAGCUGGCAGUCCUUGGCAUUCCAUGGCUUUUACAUACACCAUUCCAAUCUCUGCCUCCAUCUUCACAUUGCAUUCUCCCUGUGUAUCUCUGUGUAUGUCUUUUAUUUGGACACCAGUCAGGUUAGAUUGGGGUUACCUGGUGACCUCAUCUUAACUUGAUUAUAUCUGCCAAGACCCUGUUUCCAAGUAAGGUCACAUUUACCGGUACCAGGGGUUAGGACUUCAGCAUAUCUUUUUAGGGGAUACAGUUCAACCCAUAAUACCCUGUUAGAAUGAUUUUGUCUAAUAUAUUUGUAAUUUCCUUUUAUACAUAAGUUGUUAGUCAAAUUUAUUUUAUUUUAUUUUAUUUUGAGACAGAGUCUCACUCUGUUGCCCAGGCUGGAGUGCAGUGGUGUGAUCUCAGCUCACUGCAACCUCCAGCUCCUGAGUUCAAGCGAUUCUUGUGCCUCAGCCUCCCAAGUAGCUGGGAUUACAGGCAUGCGCCACCAUGCCCGGCUAAUUUUUUUUUUUUUUGUAUUUUUAGUAGAGACGGGGUUUCACCAUGCUGGCCAGGCUGGUCUUGAACUCCUGACUUCAAGUGAUCCGCCCGCCUCAGCCUCCCAAAGUGCUGGGAUUACAGACGUGAGCCACCGCGAUGGCCAGAACAGACUUUAUACCAACAAAAAUUAAAAAGGACAAAGAAGGUCAUUUAUAAUGAUAAAGGAUAAAUUCAACAAGAAGAUAAAACAAUCCUAAAUAUGUAUGCACCCAACACUGCAACACCCAGAUCCAUAACACAGAUACUACUAGACCUAAGAAAAGAGAUAGACAGCAAUACAACAAUAGCAGGGGACUUCACCACUCCAUUGACAGCACUAGACAGAUCACUGGGACAGAAAUCAACAAAGAAACUCUGGACUUAAAUUGGACUCUACACCAAAUGGACCCAACAGACAUCUGAAGAACAUUCUACCCAACAACCACAGAAUAUAUACUCUUCUCUUCUGUGCAUGGAACAUUCUCAAAAAUAGGUCAUAUGCUGGACCACAAAGCAAGUAUCAAUAAAUUUUAAAAAAACAAAA